AUACUGUUUUCUCUCUAAAUACUGUUCUGCCUGUUCUUCCAAAAGUUUAAUCUGUUCAAAGAACCUAGAUCUGCCUCUGUAUGGAUUCCCAGGAGCCACGUGCACUGGAACAUUGAAAGCUGAUUGGCCAAUGAAUGCAUUGGAUAUGUGGACAAACAUUACAUUCAGUUGUUGAACGUGAGCAGGAGCAGUUUGCGAUAUACGCAUCGGAAAAGAAUGACAGACAUAAAUGAUUCUGAAAUUCUGAACGCCAUAAAGGCCAGUCAUGAAAUGAAGAACAAGUCCUACUGUCCUUACAGUAAAUUUAGAGUCGGUGCAGCUCUACUCUGUGAAGAUGGAACAAUUAUUACAGGUUGCAAUGUAGAAAAUGCUUCAUAUGGCUUGACAAUCUGUGCAGAAAGGACCGCCCUCGUAAAGGCUGUAUCAGAGGGUCACAAACGCUUCAAGGCCAUUGCCAUAUCAAGUGAUCUGAAGUCCUCUUUCAUUGUACCAUGUGGGGCAUGUAGGCAGUUUUUGUUAGAAUUUGGUAAAGAUUGGGAUGUAUAUAUGACAAAACCUGACAACACCUACAAAAUUAUGAAGACCGGGGAGUUGCUCCCCCUUGGUUUUGUUCCUGAAGCAUUGGAAGAAGAGAGAAUAAGUCAGAUGGCCUGAUAUAUUUUAAGUUUGUUCUGCUUGAGUUAGUACAACAUUAUCCUAUUUUGUUAUACUACUUUUGUUAGCUGCCAAAGCCAGUAUUUAAGUCAAGAAACAAUUUUAUUAUAGUAACUGUGGGAAUAAAGUUAGUUUUUUAGAGCUUAGUUAACUGAAAUGAAUUUACUUGAGUAUGAAUAGGUUCAUUAAGGUAAAAUGUGGGUUUAAAUUGGAGAACUAAAAAUAUCAUGUUUCAUAUCAAUCUUCUUUUGGCACUAAAAUAGUCCUAAUCCUGUGGUUGUGAUCUUUGCUUACUGGCAAUUACACUUGCGAAAAUUUCCAAAUUUGCAGUUUUUAGCAAAACAUUAACUUUGUAUAUACAUUUAUGUAAGCUUAUAAUUAUUCUAUGUACCGGUAUGCAAAAUAUUACUGAAAAAUGAUUUUUUUCCCCUAAAUUGUAAAUUUUUAUUUUAUUGAAGCUCAAUUUAAAGGAAAAUGUUAAUUAGGUACUUGAAUAUAUACUUGAGGCAUUAUAUUCCACCGUCCAGUCAAUAUUUACUGUCCUAUCUAUUGUAUACAGUAAAACACGCUUAUAAUGAAGUGCUAGGGAUGGGCAAUUUUACCUUUUCAUAAGCGUUAUUCUUUAUAUCCGUCAAGUUUACAACAUGUAAUCAAGUCACAGGGAAUGAAAAUUACUUCGCAGUACGGGUCAAUUCAUAAUCUUACUACUAUACUUAUUAUAAACUGAUUUAUCUUUUGUUGCAUGUAUAUACCAAAACUAUUACAACUGAUUUACAUCUAUGAUCAGGCCUAGAUAUAACACAUAGUUUUUCUUUCCUAUUCCAAAUGUCAAAAAGAAAAUCAAUAGAGAGGUAAAAUAUUUAUUUCUACCAGUAAUUACCGCAUUAUUUAUUUGUUAAUUAUCUUUAAUCUAGCAUGACCAGUCAGAUUGUUGAAACAUAUCUCAAAUCAACUUUAUUAAACUGAAAACACCUAUAUAUCAAAUGUUUUUUCCUGGUAAUGUAAGCUCAUUCUUUAUCAUGGAAUACACCUUCAUUGAUUAUUCCAAGAAAAAAAAUAUCAACAAGAUAUGUAUAGGUUCUUAGAAAAUUUACUUCAGCCACGCAGACAGGUAACUGCAGGAAAUACAACUAUUUAUUUAUUUUGGCCCUAGGAAUUUAAUGUUUAACUUGCCAAUAUAAUAUACAAUGUAUCAAGCAUUUGUUGUAUACCUUAAAACUAAACUUGUAUGUAUGUAGAAUUUCUUAAGAUUGUUUAUGCAAUAUAGAGAAACAAGUCUUGUUCUGCAUUCCUGUGAAUCUUGUGUCUCUUUUGAUGACCCUAUAUUGUUUAUAGUUUUAAAUUUUUUGAAAUUCCUUUUUAUAAAGUUUUUUUCUAUUCUUUUUAUUCUAUGUUUUAAUGUUUAGAAUAUACAAUUUAGCACCAUAAGUAAAUAUUAUACUUGUGUUUCUUUAAAUUUGAUUGAAUUUACAAAAGCGUUCUAGUGUACUUUUUAUGAGAACCUUGAAUUUAAGGCACACUGCAGUAAAAGAUAUAUACCUGUAUGCUUUUAAGAAUUUUAAGAUGAUAAGAAAAAAUCAAUUUGAAUUUUUUAGGUUGGUUUAAUUUAUGACACAAGGGCAUUUUUUCAGAACGUAAUCUCUUUUCAUAGAAAUGUGUUCAAUUGAGUAUUUGGACUGCCUUUUGUGUGACACACUAGUCAAAACUUAGAUACACAUAAUGCAUGUAGAUAACCAUAUAUACUGUGGUACAUGCAUGUACAUGUAUAUAUACAUGUAUGAUGCAAUAGGUAGCCAAGCUAGGACGUUUUUAAAAUUGUUUUUUUCCCUACAAAACACUUUGAAAGCUUUAUGUAUCUAAUUUUGAUAAGACUGUAAUGAAAGAUCAUAUUACAUGUACUUUGGUUUUAAUAUUGUCACAGUGAGUUUGUAAAUGCAUGGUUCUCUUAAUUAAUCUUUAUAUUCUAAUUUAAUGCAAUUUUUAUUGUACAAUGCAGAGUAUACUUAAUUUCUGUUUAAUGCCAAAUGAAACCAUGCAGUAUGAAUUUAUAAAAGUUACUACUUAAUGCAUUAUUUUGUAUUUUUUGUUAUAUUGUUCUAUUUAUGAGGAAAACUGGUAUUCAUGGAGGUGCUAAAGCUGUUAGUUUUUUUUUUCCAUUGCUGGAAACAUUUUAAAUUUCACUUUCUAUUUGAUUUGAAAAUAGUAUGUCAUUAUAGCCUUGUUCUGAUUUUAUUAGUGGCUAUGUGAACAUUAUUUGGUCUUCAAGAGAAAUAAAGGAGAAAAUACUAAG